AGAGAGCCAGAGUCAGGAUAUCAGCAACAUACAGAGAGGGAGAGAAAAGAGAGACUGAUUCUGGAGGAGGCAACAUGUGAAAAAUUCUAUAUUCUGCGAAAAUAACCAUGGCAACAGGAACAUUAACCAACUAAGGGAGAGAUAAUAAAAGGAGACAACAAAUCUUCCCUUUGGAAGGAGAGAGACUGCAGAUCUCUGGAAACAGGUGAUGCACUGGGACAGAUCAUGUCUGAAGUACAAGGAACUGUUGAAUUUUCAGUCGAACUGCACAAGUUCUACAAUGUUGACCUCUUUCAGCGAGGGUAUUACCAGGUGCGCACAGCACUGAAAAUCCCACCCCGAAUUCCUCACAGGCUGACAGCAACAUUUACAGGACCCACAGGUGAUUUGGUCCCCAGCCCACCCUUCGUUCACGACAACACAGUUUACAGCAAGAUAUUCCAGAUCUUAUACAGAAAUGAAGAAAUUGUAGUGAAUGAUCCCAGCCUUUUCAGAGUUCACCUCUUAUUGGACGGAGAAAGGGUGGAAGAGGCAUUGAAUGAAGUAGACUUUCAGCUGAAGCUUGACCUGCAUUUCACUGACUCUGAACAGCAAUUGAGUGACAUUGCAGGAAUACCUUUGAUCAGCAGCCGAAGACUAGGUCUUCAUUUUCAUCCCAGGAGGGGGUUACACCAUCAUGUACCUGUCAUGUUUGAUUAUUUCCACCUCUCAGUCAUAUCCGUUACUGUGCAUGCAUCGCUUGUUGCUUUACACCAGCCCUUGAUAAGUUUCCCUCGACUAAGCAAGGGGUCGUGGCUUGGUAAAAGUGGCCCAGAGAUGGAACUGGAUGUAUCAAAUCUGACUCUUGAAAACCUCAUGUUUGGGUCCAGCUACUACAAACAGCUUACGGUAGAGGGGAACACUAACGUCACCUCUGAGGGUUGCAUGCAGCAUGCGUACCGAUGGCAUGAAAGCCUCUGCCGAACAUUACUCUCUGCCUAUAAAGGACUUCUUUGCUACUUCGCUGCAAUUAUGAAACAGAUCCCUGAACUGCAUCAGAUUCAAAUGGAGGACUGCCCCAUCGAAGAAACACUGUCCCAGCUCCGCAUUAAUUUACAGGUGUUCAACAGCCCAGACAAAGUGGCAGAACAGAUCAGCAGGGACCUGGCCCAGCUCUGCUCCUGUCUUGCAGCACUGUGGAGCCAGUUCCUAGACAGCAUGACACUGCAGCCAGAUGUUACAGUCUUCCUGAGCCAAGACCAUCAUAGUCUGAGGGUAAGGAGAUUCUCAGAGGCCUUCUUCUACAUGGAGCACCAGAAACAGAUGGCACUUACAUUCCAAGAACACAUAAUCCAAAGGCACAGUCAGAUUGCAGCAGCUGUCAGAAACUCACCCUACCUCACCAGCAUGCCUCCACUGCCCAUCGAGUGCCUGGAUAUAGAUGGAGACUGGAGUAAUCUUCCUAUUAUAUUUGAAGACAGAUAUGUAGAAUCUGUUUCCAAAGCUAACGACGGGUUUGAGAGUGGCACAUCUAACAAGGAGAUCGGAUCUAAGCUGAAUCAUGUGUUCGAGACUCGCAUUUCCGAAUUUGGAAGCUUACCAGUCGGUGUGAAAGGGUACCAGCAAAUACAAGAUAGUGGUUUGACUUCUGAGGCCUUGAAGAUGCUUGCAGCAAGGACAUCUGGGAUACGGACACUGAAUGAGACCGUUUCCUUGGAAAUGAUGUACAACUCUGUGGAUUUGGCUGCUUUUGCCAGCCAAGAAUAUGAUGAAUUCACUGAGAAUGAAGUCAAAAGUGUUCGGAGCUCAGAUGUAGAAAGGUUUGUUGGGCAGUGUCAAGGGGAGCUCUCUACAAUCUAUGAAAAUCAUACUGAGUCACUCAGAUUGAAUGAAAAGUCACUGAAUUCUGAGCAGCAAGAAUCUGCCCCGGAACCUAAUGAUGCAACAUCAAUGAAAAAGUCUAAGUCAACUUCAGGCUUGAUGUAUAUUGAGGUAAAACCCAGCAUCAAGGAUCCUUAUUGUGGUGAGCCAGUGUUAGUAGUUUGCUCUCCAAGUGUAACAAAUGCCAAUGAAUCAUCAGCCUCCAACAGCUGUGAAAUAAGUGAGAGAGAGGAAUUCAGCGAACUGGGUCUGGACUUGUCGCAUUCUCUUGUUAACUCUGAGCAUGUGGACAGUGAAUCUGUUGAGCACGAACCUAUACGAAAAAGAAUUGAGUGUGCUGACUAUCCCGUUAUAUCUGGGGUCAUGAAACGAUCUCUUUCAUUAAUAUCUGAUUCUGGAAUAGAGAGUGAACCCAGUUCAGUGGCUUGGUCAGAGAUGCGUAGACCUCUGGAUUUAUCUAGUGACCGCGACCUUGUUCAGCAAAUAGUCAGAGCACAAGCAAUGCAUAGGAACUCGCUGGAGGGUGGUCAGACUGAAAGUGGCACCAGUCUGCCAAGUGGAAUUCAGGCUUCUUUGACUUCAAUCAGUUCAUUGCCUUUCGAGGAUGAAGAGGAGGUGGAACUCAGCAAAUUGACUAAAUCAGUCUCAGCCCCGCAGAUCAGUAGCUCAGAUCAAACAGGUGAAACUCCCGAAUCUUUAGCGCAGCAUCAAACUGUUGGUAAAAAACAAUGGGUUAGUGGGCAUCUCUCAGAAAAGUCAGAGGAAGGGAAAUGUCAGACACAGUCAGUUCAAAGAGAUGGCAGUGGUGACUUUGCUUCCCCUACAGAUGAAGAGAUCCUGCAAGACAGUUUAGAAGAUUCAGUGCUGAGCAGUGGCAGCAAGACAGGGUCUGCUGAAAAGAUUGCCAUUCCAGCGAUAGAUCAGUGGUUUUCCUCUGAAGUGAAUAGUGAUAACCAUCAUCAUGCGAAUGUAUUCAAUGCCGAUGGCCUUAACGAUUCAACAAAUGACACUGUUAAAGAGCUUGUGUGUAAGAAAGUGGAUCUUAAUAGAUUAUUGGAUACAGAUGUUAAUAUUUCUGACCCUGACAGUCACACAGAAGAGAUUAGAUGUUUACAACAUCCUCUUUCUGAUGAGCAGCAGAAUGACCAAUAUGGAUCAUUUGGUGACAAGUUGCCAAAUGCUGAAUAUGUUCUGAACAGUGGUGAUGAAAUGUACAAAUUGACUGCACAACCCGACCCGUCAACAGAACCUCUGGAACUGAGCACAGCUGCGUACAGUGACGUCCCUUUGACAGACGGAAUGUAUCAUGAAGAUGUACCCUGCCUACACAAAGGAAAACUAGAAACUGGAAUUAAAAUGGACCAGCAUUCUGAUAGUUCUAUCCUGUUACAAGAUGAGGGUGAAAAACUGUCGGCUGGGAACAGCAACGGUGAACUUCCACCUCUGGUUGAUGGUGGAACUUCUUCUGGAACGGGUAGCUCAGGCAUGGUGUUUGAGAAGAAGAACAUGGUUGAGGUGGUGAAUCUUUCUGUUUCUUGCACAGCUACGUGUCUGCCAUUUUCUUCCAUGCUCAGGGAUUCUCCGGUUGCCUUUCCUUCAAAGCAAUUGGCGUCUCCCAUUACCAGGCAACCCAUCGGCUCUUUUGGAGUCGUCUCAGCUAAUUCACAGGGUGCUGAUGCAGAAGCCAACGAGAGAAUGGUGAGUUUCGUUCAGGCCAAAGGCGAGCUGCUAAAGGGACUGAAGUUUGAUGGUGUAUUGUACAGUGACCUGCCUCUUCUGGCUUCUGAUAUCCCUUACUUCACCCCAGAAGAGGAGGAGGAGGAGAAUUUGGAGGAGGGAAUCCACCUGAUUAUUUGUGUUCAUGGAUUGGAUGGUAACAGCGCAGAUCUACGACUUGUGAAGACCUUUAUUGAGCUAGGGCUUCCUGGUGCCAAACUGGAUUUCUUAAUGUCUGAAAGGAACCAGAGUGACACCUUUGCUGACUUUGAUGCAAUGACGGAUCGACUCUUGGAUGAGAUUAUUCAACAUAUCCACCUCUACAAUCUGACAAUAUCCAGAAUAAGUUUCAUUGGCCACUCACUGGGUAACAUCAUCAUUCGCUCAGUGCUGACACGGCCAAGGUUUCGAUGUUACCUCAACAAGCUGCAUACUUUCCUGUCACUGUCUGGGCCACAUCUGGGAACACUUUAUAAUAACAGUACGCUGGUUAGUACAGGCCUUUGGCUCAUGCAGAAACUGAAAAAGUCUAGCUCACUGUUGCAACUAACCUUCAAAGAUCAGGCUGACCCUCGCAAGACUUUCCUGUAUAAACUCAGUGAAAAACCAGGGCUGCAAUACUUCAAGAAUAUUAUGCUGGUGGCAUCGACGCAGGAUCGCUACGUUCCUUUUCAUUCCGCCCGGAUUGAAAUGUGUAAGACAGCUUUGAAAGAUAGACAGACUGGUUGUGUCUAUACUGAAAUGAUCAACAAUCUCCUUCGGCCAGUGACGGAGGCUGAGGACUGCACUCUGCUCCGCUACGAUAUUUUCCACGCACUGCCAAACACUGCCAAUGCGCUGAUUGGAAGGGCAGCUCACAUUGCCGUCCUUGACUCUGAACUGUUCCUGGAAAAAUUCCUGCUGGUGGCAGGAUUAACCUACUUCAAGUAGCACUCCCAGUUUCUGCUCCUCACUCACAGUACCCCAAAGCGUUUCAACAUUUCCAGGUGCUUUCUUGUAGGAAAGCACUGACUGAGUCGGUAUUGAUUCUUUAUUACAAAUAUCCAUAUAUUAAUCCAUGUGAUCAAUAUGAUUGUAUUGUAAAUAGUACUAAAAAAUAAUUUACAUUUCAGAUUGAAUCUAUCUAAAAAUACUUUUCCUGCCUUAAAAUACACAGAGAAAUUAAGCAAAGGCUUUCUAUGAAAAACAACUUGAGUAGGCGAUUCUGAUUUAUCUUUUUAUUUAUUGUUUAACUGUCACCGUGUCUGUCUCCACAUGAAAAAGAAUGGAUGUUGGUUGCUCCUCUCUAGAAUGAACACAGCACUGCAUUGGUUGCUCAGAUGAAACUCGUAACUUUGGGUAAAAGCAAAAUGGAAUGUAUGCCAUCUGACAAAUGCAUGCCCGUACCUGUACCAGUUUAAGCCCACGUGCCCCCACAGCAGCCUACUUUGCCACAUAUGUGCACUUCGAUAAGAGCCAUUUCAUGCAGUGAAGAGAGACCUGCAGAACAAUGGGUGAAGAAGAGUAAUCACAAGUGAGCAGGCUUAUUGUAGGAUGUGGGUGACAUCAAGUAAUGAGCAAACAUUACCUGAAGCCCAACUAUGAAUUUGGAAAAUUAAUCACUCCCUAUGCAUCUGCCAUUUCUUAUAUUAGUACAGAGGUGGCGGCAGGAUUUUUCAUGGCCACAUUGAGAGAUUCAUGAUUAAAACCAAACUUUAAUUA